AUGGAGAAUCAGCAGCAACCGUCCACUACUUCUUUGUGCCGGAACGGAUGCGGAUUUUUUGGAUCACAGGCUAAUGAAGGCUUGUGCUCAAAAUGUUUCAAGGAUUCCAUUAAACGUAAUCAAGAUACUGCCAGAUUAUCUCCUACUGUUCCAAUGCCUAUGACUGCUUCGUCUUCUCUAAUGUCCGACUGCCCUAUGUCCGAGCCACCGGCGCAGACAUGCGCACAGGCAGCUCAUGCUGCUAGUGACGUCACUGCCAAACUUGAGAGUGCUGAAGCAAUCGCUGCUAGUCAACCAGAAUCCAGUUGCGCACUUGUUAACGAGGCUGCCGCAGUUUCCGUCGAUGCUCCCGUUCCUGUAAAGAAGGCUAACCGUUGCCAUAUGUGCAAGAAAAGAGUUGGUCCUUACUGGCUUCACGUGUCGAUGUGGAGGACUGUACUGUGGAGAGCACCGUUAUGA